GUAGUUUUUCAGGGCGCAUUCCCCGGCAGCAAUGUGGAGGGAAAGGGCGACUUCAUCCAGCUGAACAUUUGACUUUUUAUACGUUUGCAUCGUUUUUUUUUCUUCCUAUUUUGUAAACUUUAGCGGUUCUUUUUUUGCAGGGUUAAAGCACGCGAGUGCCUGAACCUCUCGUGUUAAUUUUUUUUAUUUUUUAUUAUAGAUAUAAACCGAGCCAUUGUUUUCCUCACACAUGGAUAUUAGGAGAUGAAAUCGGACGUGCGUCUUGUUCUUCCGCUUGAGUAACCCCGUCUCGGACCGUGUAGUUUAUGUGGUCCCCGCGGGCUCCGUAGGAGGAGAGAGAGAGAGAGAGAGAGAGAGAGAGAGUCCCGUUCCUCGGAAGCACAACCAGGAGAGACACGCAGGGGCCACAAGUUGUCCACAGGCUGCAAAAAGACACCAAACUUUGCCAAGUUGCAGCAGCGCAUCCGGACGCAGACGCCAAAAAACACGCAUCGAUAUUUUUUUCGAUCUCCGUCUCGACUUUUAACCGUGUGGAUUAUCGUCGCGAGGCUCGCCAUGGACUACUGGAGCCCGUUCACAGGAUGAAGAGGGUCGUUUAAAAAAAACAAAAAAAAAACCAAAAAAAAUCGACGCUUUCUUGUAGUUAUAGUUCACUACGGCAGGGACACUGAUCUGAUAAAAAAAAAAGAAGACAUUAGUCGUUUGUUUCUCCUUUUGAUCUUUUGAUAUCUAACGUUAUUCUGCAAAAAUGCCACAGUUGAACGGGGGCGGUGGGGACGAUUUGGGGGCCAAUGAUGAGAUGAUCUCGUUUAAAGACGAAGGGGAGCCGGAGGAAAAGAUAUCCGAGAAUGUGUCCGCGGAAAGGGAUUUGGAUGAUGUGAAAUCUUCCUUAGUGAACGAGUCGGAAAACAACAGCAGCUCCUCGGACUCGGAGCAAGCAGAGAGGCGCCCUCAAACCAGACCCGACUUAGAAAGUUAUGAGAAAGCAAGAGACUACUUCAGUGAAGCUCUGAGGAGGCAGCAAGAUGGUGGCUUUUUUAAGAGUCCUCACUAUCCUGGCUACCCGUUUCUCAUGAUCCCAGACCUCAGCAACCCGUACAUAUCCAACGGGUCCCUGUCUCCGAGUGCAAGAACAGUAAGUGCCCCCCCCCCCUCCCAUGUCUUCGACGUGUUUCUCUUCUUCUUCUUCUUCUUCCCUAUGUUUCAGUCUCUUUCACUCCGUGUAAAACUUUGUUUGGCCGUGCGUUAA